AUAUUAUGACUGUUACUAGACUGGUAAUCCAGUGGUCUGAAUUAAUGAGAUUAAAUUUUACCACAGCUGCUGGGAAUUUAAAUGCAGUUAACUAAAUAAUUUAGGAUUUUCAAGAAAAGAAAUUGGUGUCAAUUAUAUCAGAGGAACUACCCUUUGUCCUGUUUAUGACUCCAGUGUUACAUAAGAUUAUGGAGAUUUUCAAAGUUUCAAAAUUGAAUUUAUUGUCAUAUGCACAAGUAUAUGUAAGCACAGAUGCAAUGAAAGGUUUAUUUGCUGCAGCAUUACAGGCACAUAGCAUCAGAUACACAACAUAAGAAAAACAUAAACAUAAAAUUAUACAAAAAAGAACAAUUGGUUUAAUCUUAAAUUAAUCUUUUUCUUUCUAUUGGUUUCAAAAAUAUCACUGCUCAAAUAAAAGAAAAAGAAACAGAAUAUUGUUUAAUGCUGUCAUGGUUUGUCUUUUUGUUCCUUUCACCAUUGAAUACUGCAAAUUAAUCUUCGAUUCCUGAUUGAUCUUGGAGGAUUGCCAAAGCUAAUUUUAAGGGGGAGGCUUGUUAAGAGAGAAGGAAAUACAGGGAUAGAGGAACUAUGUAAAGAGAUAUUUGGAAUAGGAGGACACUCAAGUGGAAGAUAAACGCUGACAUACUCCUGUGCUACAGAGUCAAUAUACUAAAACUCAGAUAAUCUGGCAUCUGAUUGUUUGGAAAAUUUGGUACUUGGCUCAAUUGUUAAUCUGGAUUGUAAAAUGGGGGUCCAGUCUGCAAGCAAGGUGUGCAGCUGGUGGGGAACUAGAUGGUGGGCCAGGGGUGCAGUUGAGUUCCCAACCACCCAGGGUUCGGAGUGUUUGAAAAUUUCUCACUCCCUUUAAACUCACUAGGUUCAUUGGAAAAUUUACUAACAUUUUAAUAACAUCCAAUAGUGCAGGAAAUCUGCUGGUCUGGCACCACCAAAGUCCUGAACCUGGACUGUUAGAGUUUUAUAGUACAUAUCUAAGUUACUUAAAAAAGAAAUCCAUUAAAGUAAAAGGUUUAUCGAGUAGCCCGGGGAUUGUGUUAGUCAUUUGUUUUGACGAAAUGUUUAGCACAAGAUUAUCCAGCUAUACACAUAACUCAGUAUCACUGAGUCAUCAUUUGGAAAUAAAGGUCUCUUUGUAACUCUGCAGUUUCAUGACAGCGAAGCGACAGGAUAGAAAUAGCAAACACAAUCACUUAAAAUGGCAUUUGAUUAACUUUCAAACAAUGUGAAAUAGCAAACUUUGUCAAAUAGCUGUUGAUUAGAUUUAUCAUGUUUAACGUAGUUAAACGUCUUAGUCGGGGGAAUUACUUUAACAGUAAAACGUAAAAACAAAUACUCGACUCCAGUUUGAUCUAAUAAAGAGCAGUAUUAUUUAUUUACUUUUCUGAAAUGUUGCAAAAUUCGUUGCAAUCGACAGGAGUAAAGUUCCCGAAGUUUAGUUUAAGACAAUAGCAACAAGGGGGGAGGCGGCGCUUAAAGAAGGUUGAACGAGGUCAAGAGCGUUUGGCGCGAAAAUGACGCCUUCAGCCUGUCUGCGCACGCAGCUGGGGAGCCGCAAGUCAUGUGACUAGUGUUUUUGAAAACCGGGAGCGCAACCGCUAUUGGCCGAAGAUGGUCACGUGACUAACGGUCGCGGGAAAGCUGCGGUGUUGUGGCGUGUGCGCGGCUCGGCCGACUGCGGGAACCGACGCCCAACGGCGGUUAGGGGGUUCGGGCUGCCGGCCCACACCGAUCGGCCAGCGGCGCCGCCGAGAGGAGUGCGGGGGCGAAUCGUCGUCGGAGUCGGACCGUUUGCCGGUAUUUUGAAUCUGCGGCUUGUUUGUUUGUAUAAUCCAGACCGGUCCCGGGUUGGCCAGCUUUCUGCCCGCGGCUUCGACCCGCUCCAACCGCCCGAGUCCGGGCCGCUGCCUCCCGUUCUGCCACUUCCCCGAGUUGGUGGGUCUGGGUCGUCAUGAGUUUCCGCCGUGUGUGUCUGAAGGCUGGCACCGGCCCCGGCGCGGCCUCCACCUCCUUGGUGCAGAAGCUGACCUUCGCCGGCAGCGACGAGGAGGAGGAGGACGGCGGUAACAGCACCGAGGAUUCGGCCUUCCAGGAGUCCCCGGACCUCGAGCGCAAGUACGGCGAGGGCGCCGACGGUCAGCGGACCGAGGACGAGGAGCUGGAGAUGGUCAAUCUGAGCUGGGAGGACGGGUUCGUGAGCAGCCCCUCCCCCCUCAAAGGCCGCCGUGACUACCGGGACCGCCGAGACAUGGAGGAGUCCUCCAGUUCACCGCUGCGGGAGAGCGGUGAGCGCGAAGAGUGCAGCUCCCCGAUCCGAGAGGGCGGCGACCAGGAGGAAUGUAGCUCCCCCAUCCCGGACUGUCCCGACACCCCGCCUCACAAAACCCUGAGGAAGCUCCGGCUCUUCGACACACCGCACACCCCUAAGAGUUUGUUAUCCAAAGCAAGGGUUGCAAGUUGCCUGAGUUCCAGCUCAGUAAGACGUCGAGGAGGAGCACUUUUCAGGAAUGUUGAGCAAUCUGAGAGAAUGCCAUGUGAUUACAACAAGAAUAAGCCUCCACAUGUCAACAUUAAUCCUUUUACACCAGACUCCAUGUACAUCCACUCUUCUUCAUCUGUGCAUUGUCGAAGAAGGAAAAGGACAUAUUGGGAUGGGUUUCCGUGCAGAGAACUGAUGGAUGGAAGUGAUGGGGAACUUGAUGAUGAAAGUAUCCGGCCAGCAAAGAGAAUUCCAAUUACUGAAAGUAAUAUGAAAUCACGAUAUACAACAGAGUUUCAUGAGUUGGAGAAGAUUGGAUCUGGAGAAUUUGGUUCAGUUUUUAAAUGUGUGAAGAGACUCGAUGGUUGUAUUUAUGCCAUAAAACGCUCAAAGAAGCCAUUAGCAGGUUCAGUUGAUGAACAGAAUGCUCUAAGGGAAGUCUAUGCACAUGCAGUCCUAGGACAACACACGCAUGUAGUUCGUUAUUAUUCAGCCUGGGCGGAAGAUGACCAUAUGCUCAUUCAAAAUGAGUACUGCAAUGGUGGAAGCCUAUCAGAUGCAAUAGCAGAAAAUUACAGGAAUAGACGAUAUUUUAAUGAGCCAGAGCUGAGGGACCUGCUACUACAGGUUGCGCGAGGUCUAAAAUACAUUCACAGUAUGUCUCUUGUGCACAUGGAUAUAAAGCCAAGUAACAUAUUUAUAUCCAAAAAGUUAGUAACUAAUUCUGCAGCAGAGGAGAUGGAUGAUGAUGACUGCAUAUUGUCAACAAAUAUUGUAUACAAAAUAGGUGACCUUGGGCAUGUUACUCGUGUAUCCAAUCCUCACGUUGAAGAGGGAGAUAGUCGAUACUUGGCCAAUGAAGUACUGCAAGAGGAUUACAGACAUUUGCUAAAAGCAGAUAUUUUUGCUCUUGCUCUCACUGUUAUAUCUGCUGCUGGUGCAGAGCCAUUGCCAAGAAAUGGGGAAAAAUGGCAUGAGAUUCGACAAGGAAAACUUCCUACACUUCCACAAACGCACUCUCAGGAGUUUUUGGAUUUAUUGAAAUUAAUGCUUCAUCCAGACCCGGAAAAACGACCCACCGCAGGAGCUUUAAUCAGACAUUCAGUGCUGCUCCCGACCGCAAGAAAAAGUGCAGAUCAACUUCGGUUAGAAUUAAAUGCAGAAAAAUUCAAAAAUGCACUUUUGCAAAAAGAACUGAAGAAGGCACAAAUGGCAAAAGCAGCAGCGGAAGAACGAGUGUUGUUCACGGACCGAAUGACAACUAGGUCUACGGUGCAAAGUAACAGAAAUUCUAGGAUCAUUGGGAAAAAAAUCAACCGUUCUGUCAGCCUUACAAUUUACUGAAAUUGUGCAGUUGGUUGAACCAAUUUUAUUUUAUUUUUAAAAGUUGGAAUUUUGUUUGCAAGUCGUUGGCAGUUUAGUUAUCACACAACUGUAGGACCCAUUGAGGAUACUCAUACCUGCAAAAUGUUGUUAAUGUAGCAUUUUUGCUGCCUACGGAGUCUUAAUUUUUUACUUUUCAAUUUUAGUGUGCCUUUUGAAUAAAGAGGGCAAAGAUUGAUCAAAGAAGAUAUUGGGACAUUUUAUUGAGUGGCUCACACACCAUAAAUUCUGUAAAUUUGCCUGGGUUUAGAUUUAAAACCCAUAUUUUGUACAUUGGGAGGAUGUACUCGAACCAUGUUAUACAUUGUACUGGGAGCACUUUGUAGGCAUUUGAGAUCCAUGACAAGAGCCUAUGGAUGAACUUGUCUUGGGAAAACUGCUGCUAUAUUAGUCAGUGUUGUACACUUGCUGUAAAAUUUAUUAGCAUUUUAAACAAUCAUUGCUGUAUUAGAAAUAGGCUUUUUGGAAAAUAUUUUUAAUUAUGUGAUUUAAGGCAAAUAAGUUGUUCACUGUUUACUAGUGUUUAAGAGCAGUUUUUGUUUUAUUAAGCUAGUGCAUUGUAGAAAAACAUUGCACCUUGUGUUUCUUGAAGUGUUUCUAUUUACUGUACUUAACUGUAAAUUGUGGACUGUCACCUAACUGUCUUGUCCAAUAAACUGGGUGUACAUUUGUGAAUGUAAA